ACUUGGCAAGAGUGCGCCUGUGCAAGUUUUCCCAGCUCUUCUCGAGUCGUUGGGGGCUUGCGUUUUUCGCUGUUACUGUUUGUCUCCCUUUGCGGAGCUUUACUCGCCCACCGUCAAGAUGCCGCGGAUCAUGAUAAAAGGGGGCGUGUGGCGGAAUACAGAGGAUGAAAUUCUUAAAGCAGCUGUAAUGAAAUAUGGCAAAAACCAGUGGUCUCGUAUUGCCUCUUUGUUGCACAGAAAAUCAGCAAAACAAUGCAAAGCCAGAUGGUAUGAAUGGCUGGACCCAAGUAUUAAGAAGACAGAAUGGUCACGAGAGGAAGAAGAGAAAUUGCUCCAUUUGGCCAAACUUAUGCCAACUCAGUGGAGAACUAUUGCACCAAUUAUUGGACGAACAGCUGCCCAGUGUUUGGAGCAUUAUGAAUUUUUAUUAGAUAAAGCUGCUCAAAGGGACAAUGAGGAAGAAACUGCUGAUGAUCCUAGAAAACUUAAACCUGGAGAAAUUGAUCCAAACCCAGAAACUAAGCCAGCGAGACCAGAUCCUAUUGAUAUGGAUGAGGAUGAACUUGAGAUGCUUUCAGAAGCUAGAGCUCGGUUGGCUAACACUCAGGGAAAGAAAGCCAAAAGGAAAGCAAGAGAGAAGCAGUUGGAAGAAGCCAGGCGGCUUGCUGCUCUACAAAAGAGGAGAGAACUCCGAGCUGCAGGAAUUGAGAUCCAGAAAAAAAGAAAAAAGAAAAGAGGAGUAGAUUACAAUGCUGAAAUCCCAUUUGAGAAGAAACCUGCUCCUGGUUUUUAUGAUACAUCAGAAGAAAACUAUCAGGCACUGGAUGCAGAUUUUAGGAAACUAAGACAACAAGAUUUGGAAGGGGAACUGAGAUCGGAAAAAGAAGGAAGAGAGCGAAAAAAAGAUAAGCAACAGCUGAAACGGAAAAAAGAAUCUGAUUUACCAUCAGCAAUUCUUCAGACUAGUGGUGUUUCAGAAUUCACUAAAAAAAGAAGUAAACUGGUGCUUCCAGCUCCUCAGAUUUCAGAUACAGAACUCGAGGAAGUAGUUAAAGUUGGUCAAGCAAGUGAAAUUGCUCGCCAAACAGCAGAAGAAUCUGGAAUUACAAAUUCUGCUUCCAGCACACUCUUAUCAGAAUACAAUGUAACCAACAACAGCAUUGCCCUUCGAACACCUAAAACACCUGCUGCACAGGACAGAAUCCUACAGGAAGCUCAGAAUUUAAUGGCACUUACAAAUGUUGAUACCCCCUUAAAAGGGGGUCUUAAUACACCCUUACAUGAAAGUGAUUUCUCUGGAAUAACACCUCAGAGACAAGUUGUUCAGACACCAAAUACCGUGCUUUCCACUCCCUUCAGGACUCCUAGUCAUGGAGCUGAAAGUCUGACUCCUCAUAGUGGAAUGACCCCCAAGCCAGUAAUAGGAGUGACACCAGGCAGAACUCCAUUGCGGGAUAAGCUAAAUAUUAAUCCUGAGGAGGGGAUGGCAGAUUAUAGUGAUCCAUCCUAUACAAAACAUAUGGAAAGAGAAUCCCGUGAAAAUUUGCGUCUAGGAUUGAUGGGUCUUCCUGCUCCAAAGAACGACUUUGAAAUUGUUCUACCAGAAAAUGCAGAGAAGGAGCUUGAGGAUCAUAAUGCAGAUGAUACAUAUAUAGAAGAUGCAGCUGAUGCAGAUGCUCGCAAACAGACCAUUCGGGAAAUGGAGCGUCUAAAGGCUUUAAAGCGAAUGCACAAAGCUAUUCAGAAAGAUCUACCAAGACCUUCUGAAGUAAAUGAAACAAUUCUGAGACCUUUAAAUGUAGAGCCACCUCUAACCGAUUUACAGAAGAGUGAAGAACUGAUUAAGAAAGAGAUGAUCACUAUGCUUCACUUUGAUCUUGUGCAUCAUCCUUAUGGGGAGGUUCCCGGCAGCAAGAAGACGAAAGUUCCAGGACUGGGAAGCAGUAGCACAGAACAUAUAGCAUAUCUUGAACACAAUCCGUAUGAAAAGUUUUCAAAAGAAGAGCUGAAGAAGGCUGAAGACUUUCUGUCCCAGGAGAUGGAAGUUGUGAAGCAAGGAAUGAGCCAUGGAGAGCUUUCAAGUGAAGCUUAUAAUCAGGUGUGGGAAGAAUGUUACAGCCAGGUACUGUUCCUUCCUGGGCAGAGUCGCUACACACGAGCCAAUUUGGCCAGUAAAAAGGACAGGAUUGAGUCACUUGAAAAGAGAUUAGAGAUUAAUCGAGGUCACAUGACUACUGAAGCUAAGAGAGCUGCCAAGAUGGAAAAAAAGCUGAAGAUAUUGCUUGGUGGUUAUCAGUCUCGAGCCAUGGGACUCAUAAAGCAAUUAAAUGACUUGUGGGAUCAAAUUGAACAAGCUCAUCUUGAACUGUGCACAUUUGAAGAAUUAAAGAAGCAUGAAGAUGCAGCUAUCCCAAGGCGACUGGAGUGCCUAAAAGAAGAUGUUCAACGGCAACAGGAAAGAGAAAAAGAACUUCAGCAGAGAUUUGCAGAAUUCAUGCUGGAUAAGGAAACAUUUCAGUCAAAAUAUUAAGCCUCCUAUUUUGCUUUUACUGUGACACCAUUGUUUGUAACAUUUUUCAGAUGCAGCUGACAAAUUAUGAUACAUCUCUCCCAUUAAAAUUAAGCACAAGCAAAUGUGCUAGUAAAUUUAUAUUGCAUUUUAAGAAGAUGCUUUGUACCACAUGGUCAUGUACCUUUUCGUUUGGAAGAAAGAAGCAGAAAUGCAUAUAUCCUGAUCUAUCAAGCAUAAUUUGCAUGCUGUAAAAAUGCUAUACAGGGUAAACAUUCCACACCCACCUUUUAAUUCAUCACACAAUUAUUUUGUUCAAGUUAUUGUUUCCUUGUCCUUUUAGAAUUUCACUUGACAUCAAGGAAAAGUAUACAUUUAAAACAGUCUUUUGUGCUACUAAUUACUGUGAAUCUGGAAUGUAAAGCAGUGCAUUAAAGUGUAUUUGUGACUAACGACUUGAAAUUUGUUUGCAAAUUAAAUUUUUAAAUUUCAGUUUAAAUUGAAACUAGGUAACAGCAUUUAUUAUGACCAUUCAUAUAAUGUUCAUAUUAUUACGGAGUUUAUGCAUUUUCAUGUUUCAUUUUGUGGAUAUUUUGUUGAUCAUAAAAUAAAAAAUUACAAGUUCAUGAAA